AUGUCCACCAAGGUCAGGAAGUGCAAGGAGCAAGCGAGGGUGACCUUCCCCGCGCCGGAGGAGGAGGAAGAGGAGGGGGAGGAGGAGGGUGAGGACGAAGGCUCGGAGCCGCAGCGCCGCCGGCGGGGCUGGAGGGGCGUCAACGGGGGGCUGGAGCCGCGCUCGGCGCCCUCACAGCGGGAAGCGCACAGCUACUGCCCGCAGCGCUUCUCCCCCGGGCUGGACAUGUCCAUGGAGGGAAGCCCAUCUCUGAGGCGCAAGACAGUGAUGCGGGAGAAGGGCCGGCGCCAGGCCGUCCGGGGCCCCGCUUUCAUGUUCAAUGACCGGGGUACCAGCCUCACAGCUGAGGAAGAGCGCUUCCUCGACGCUGCCGAGUACGGCAACAUCCCCGUGGUGCGCAAGAUGCUAGAGGAGUCCAAGACAUUGAACGUCAACUGCGUGGACUACAUGGGCCAGAACGCGCUGCAGCUGGCCGUGGGCAACGAGCACCUGGAGGUGACAGAGCUGCUGCUCAAGAAGGAAAACCUGGCACGAAUCGGCGACGCCCUGCUGCUUGCCAUCAGCAAGGGCUACGUGCGCAUCGUGGAAGCUAUCCUCAACCACCCCGGCUUCGCAGCCAGCAAGCGCCUGACCCUGAGCCCCUGUGAGCAGGAGCUGCAGGACGACGACUUCUAUGCUUACGACGAGGACGGCACACGCUUCUCUCCCGACAUCACGCCCAUCAUCCUGGCGGCGCACUGCCAGAAGUACGAGGUGGUGCAUAUGCUACUGAUGAAGGGUGCCAGGAUCGAGCGGCCACACGACUAUUUUUGCAAAUGCGGAGAUUGCAUGGAGAAGCAGAGGCACGACUCUUUCAGCCACUCACGCUCGAGGAUCAAUGCCUACAAGGGGCUGGCCAGCCCAGCGUACCUGUCCUUGUCUAGCGAGGACCCAGUGCUCACCGCCUUGGAGCUCAGCAAUGAGUUGGCCAAGCUGGCCAACAUAGAGAAGGAGUUCAAGAAUGACUACCGGAAGCUCUCCAUGCAAUGUAAAGACUUUGUAGUGGGUGUGCUGGAUCUUUGCCGAGACUCAGAAGAGGUAGAAGCCAUUCUGAAUGGAGAUCUGGAAUCAGCAGAGCCCCUAGAGGUACACAGGCAUAAAGCUUCACUGAGUCGUGUCAAACUUGCUAUUAAGUAUGAAGUCAAAAAGUUUGUGGCUCACCCCAACUGCCAGCAGCAGCUCUUGACAAUCUGGUAUGAGAACCUCUCAGGCCUGCGGGAACAGACCAUAGCUAUCAAGUGUCUGGUUGUGCUGGUGGUGGCCUUGGGCCUUCCAUUUCUUGCCAUCGGCUACUGGAUUGCACCUUGCAGCAGGCUGGGGAAAAUUCUGCGAAGCCCUUUCAUGAAGUUUGUGGCACAUGCUGCUUCUUUCAUCAUCUUCCUGGGCCUGCUCGUGUUCAAUGCCUCAGACAGGUUCGAAGGCAUCACCACGCUGCCAAACAUCACUGUUAUUGACUAUCCCAAGCAGAUCUUCAGGGUGAAAACCACCCAGUUCACUUGGACUGAGAUGCUAAUUAUGGUCUGGGUUCUUGGAAUGAUGUGGUCUGAGUGUAAGGAGCUCUGGCUGGAAGGACCUAGAGAAUAUAUUUUGCAGUUGUGGAAUGUGCUGGACUUUGGGAUGCUUUCCAUCUUCAUUGCUGCUUUCACAGCCAGAUUUCUAGCUUUCCUUCAGGCAACAAAAGCACAACAGUAUGUGGACAGUUAUGUCCAAGAGAGUGACCUCAGUGAAGUUACACUUCCACCAGAGAUACAGUAUUUCACUUAUGCCAGAGAUAAAUGGCUCCCUUCUGACCCUCAGAUCAUAUCUGAAGGCCUCUACGCCAUUGCUGUUGUGCUCAGUUUCUCUCGGAUCGCAUAUAUCCUCCCUGCAAAUGAGAGCUUUGGCCCCUUACAGAUCUCUCUUGGAAGGACUGUGAAGGAUAUAUUCAAGUUCAUGGUCCUCUUUAUUAUGGUGUUUCUUGCCUUUAUGAUUGGCAUGUUCAUACUUUAUUCUUACUACCUUGGGGCUAAAGUAAAUGCUGCUUUUACCACUGUAGAAGAAAGUUUCAAGACACUGUUUUGGUCAAUAUUUGGGUUGUCUGAAGUCACUUCUGUUGUGCUCAAAUACGAUCACAAAUUCAUAGAGAAUAUUGGCUACGUUCUGUAUGGAAUAUACAAUGUAACUAUGGUGGUCGUUUUACUCAACAUGUUAAUUGCUAUGAUUAAUAGCUCAUAUCAAGAAAUUGAGGAUGACAGUGACGUAGAAUGGAAGUUUGCCCGUUCAAAACUUUGGUUAUCUUAUUUUGAUGAUGGAAAAACAUUACCUCCACCCUUCAGUCUAGUUCCUAGUCCAAAGUCAUUUGUUUAUUUUGUCAUGAGGAUCAUUAACUUCUCCAAAUGCAGAAGGAGCCGGCUACAGAAGGAUAUAGAAAUGGGAAUGGGUAACUCCAAGUCCAGGUUUACAAAGUGCUUUGCUGUACAUUUGAACCUCAUGCAACACUGUGAGUUAAACCUCUUCACUCAGUCUAACUCAAGAGUUUUUGAAUCACACAGUUUUAACAGCAUUCUCAACCAGCCAACACGUUAUCAGCAGAUAAUGAAAAGACUUAUAAAGCGAUAUGUUCUGAAAGCACAAGUGGACAAGGAAAAUGAUGAAGUUAAUGAAGGUGAAUUAAAAGAAAUCAAACAAGAUAUCUCCAGCCUUCGUUAUGAACUUUUAGAGGACAAGAGCCAAGCAACUGAGGAAUUAGCCGUUCUGAUUCAUAAACUCAGUGAGAAACUGAAUCCUAGCAUGCUGAGAUGUGAAUGAUUCAGUAACCUGGAAUAAUGGCUUUGACUAUAGCACAAAUGUGGGCAAUAAUAUUUCUAAGUAUGAAAUACUUGAAAAACUGGUGUAAAUUUUUAGUUUUAACUGCCUUUAUCAUGUGAAUCUUUAAAAGUUAUGUCUUAAUGAUUUUACUGUUUUAUCACAUGAAAAUGGUCUUCAUCUUGAUUGUCUGCCUUGACAUUAUAAACAAUGACAUGCCACUGUAUUUAAAGGCCCAGUAUUAUUACAUUACUGACAUUUUCGUCCACUUUAGAAUAAACUCUAUGUCUUUGCACUACCUGUUUGCCUCCAAGAGACCAUAAGCUCCUUGGGGACAGGGACCAUGUCUUAUUCAUCUUUGUGUCUCCAGCAUCUAGUACAGUGCCUGGUACAUAGUAGGUGCUCAAUAAAUGUUGAACCCAACUGAACUGAACUGCCAACAAAAUACAAAUAAAAAUUAAAAGGUCAUCACACUGUAGCAUUCCUUCCGUUGUCCAAAUGCUGAAGACAUUUUUAAAAAAAAAUAGAAACAUGAAAUUUUAUAACUGGCUAUGACUUGGUAAGAUUUUCUUAGAAUUUUUGGCAUCACUCAUAAUCCUAGAAUCUUUGAGCCCCAAAUGAAGAAUUUAACAAUGAAAUGGGUUAAUAGAAAAUAUAAUUACAUAUUUAAGUUUCAUAGAAUUGUUCCAAACAACACAUUAAAGAUUUUUCUAAAGUAUAUACUCUUUGCUUUCUGUCUUAAAUUUUCAUUUGUUGUUUUUCAAUAACGUGAAUUUAUUUAGUGGGAAGGUGAGUUUUUUAGUUAGAG